AUGAGGAAAAAAUGGAAAACAAAAGAGUAUAAAGAUCACUUAUGGCAGUGUGCAAUAGCAACCACAGUACCAGAAUUUGAACACUACAUGAAUGAACUUAACAAGUUUGAUAAGGAUGCUUUUGAGUGGUUGAAGAAAAUCCCCCCUCACCAUUGGGCCAGAAGCCACUUUUCAGGCAGAGCAGGAUCAGAUAUAUUGCUCAACAAUUUAUGUGAGGUUUUCAACAGUAAGCUUAUUCAUGGUAGGAAUAAGCCCAUCAUAAGUUGUCUUGAGUACAUCAGGCAGUACCUUAUGAAGAGGAUUUGCAAUGUGAAGAAAGUGAUGUCCAAAGCUCCAGGUCCACUCACUCCAACAGCAUCAAAGUUACUUGAGAGAAAUAGGGAAGCUUCAGUCCAAUAUAGAGCUAGAUGGAAUGGGACUGCAAAGUAUGAAGUUUAUGGUCCUUGGCAUGACCAGCAUGUGGUUGACAUGACAAAUAUGUCAUGUACAUGUAGAAGGUGGGAAUUGAAUGGGAUUCCAUGCAGGCAUGCCAUAGCUACAAUACAUGAAAUGGCUGAUAGUGGAGACAAAGUUGGGGAGCUUUACACUUAUGUCAACAAAGUGUAUUGGCUUCAAACAUGGAAUGAAGCUUACUCUUACACUGUGGACCCUAUAAAGGGUAGAGCCAUGUGGCCAAAAAGUACCUGUCCAUUUCAAUUAACACCACCACCACAUCACAAUCAACCUGGGAGACCUAAGACCAAGAGAAAGAGAAGUGCAGAUGAAAAAUAUGAUAAACAGAUGCAAAAUCAUGGUGCAGGUGAACCUGAAAAACUUACCAGAAAGUUUGUUAGUGUUAGGUGUGGGAAAUGCAACAAUAGGGGGCAUAACUCAAGGACGUGCAAGGGUCAAGGUGGGAAUGCAGGAAGCAGUCAAGGAGGGAAUGCAUGAUGCAGUCAAGGAGGGAAUGGAGGUAGCAGUCAAUGCAGGAAUUAGUGUAUUUUGUUUAAAAACUUAUCUUUUGGUUUAGCACAACUUUUGUGCAUUUGGAUGUAAUGGUUUAAAACUAAUUUGUUGUAAUGGUUUUAUUUUGGUCUUUUAUCCCUUUUGGUCAUGAAACUAAUGUCAACCUUUUGUCAUUGUUGAA